AUGGAUCCUCGCCAACAGGAACUGAAGCUGGGCUUCAACAAUGGCGGCAUCUCGUCAGAACGAAGGAUCUCUAUCCAUGAUUAUGAAAACGACGCUGAAGUCAACGAAACGCGGAUCAAGCAACGCGCUAGUGGACCUGUUCUCCAGCACCUACAAACUCAAUGUCUAGCGUCUCUUGAUUGCCUCAAACUCAGCUGCGGGGCGACGAUACAGGGAAUGGGAAUCCUUUACCAGUGCUUCGGAGGCUCUGGUUCACCUCGGAGAAAACAACCUUCCACGACAGUAGAAGAUCUAUGCCAUCGCUUUUCUCUCGCGCAACUUCGAGAAUCCACCGACGACUUUGACGGCAGCCGUUUUAUCGGUGAAGGACCCUACGGUGUGGCAUACAGGGGUUGCAUCUCCAUCGACGGCCAACUCAAGGAUAUCGCAGUGAAGCGGCUCCGACAACCAGAAUCAUACGGGAUCUCACUGUGCAAGAACGAAAUCAUAUUUAUGUGCCAGCUACGACACCCGAAUCUGUUGUCUCUUGUUGGAUUUUGCGAUGAUCGAAAUGAAAUGAUUGUGGUCUAUGACUACGCCCCCAACCGAUCACUCUAUCAUCAGAUCCACGGAAUAGACAGCAAUUCGCCAAUAAAGCCAUGGAAGAAGAGGCUAGAAAUUAGUAUCGGAGUGGCGCGUGGGUUGCACUACCUUCACUCAGGAACCAAACGCACCGUCAUUCAUCGCCAUAUAACAUCGGCUGCCAUUCUUCUGGGCGAGAAUUGGGUUCCCAAACUCGGAUAUUUCGGGCUCUCUUUAAAAGGACCGAAGUUCUCAGCAAGGGAUGCGAAGCCCAUAAAGUUGGAAUCCAUUGAAGGUCCCUGGGUAUACACGGCUCCUGAAUGCUUACGCGCCACCAAUGUCACGUAUAAAAGUGACGUCUUUUCAUUUGGAGUAGUUUUGUUAGAACUAGUUUGCGGAAAGACUUUAUCGCAAAUCAGUGAGCAUGAGUGGCGUCAAGUUGAGAACACUGCAGAUUUUUUCCAAUUUACGAUGAGCGUAGUUGAGAAAGUACGUGAUUUGGCAGGAACAGGAAGAGCUGAGGGAAUUAUUGAUGAGAGUUUGGUGGGAGAAAUAGGAAGAGGGUGCUGGAAAUUGUAUAUGGACAUUACAGAGAGUUGUCUGAAUGAAGAUCCCAAUGAGAGGCCUGAUAUGGGAGACGUUGAAGUGCAGCUUGAACGUCUAUUGCAGCUACAAGAGGAUGCAGAUUCUAACAAUAUAAUGAUUCCUUGA